UGGAAGCUGAAUGACUCCUUCAUUGUACCUAGAUCAGGGUCACGCUAUGCCCUCACCGGGGGCAACCUACGAAUCAGCCAUCUGAAUAAAGAGGAGGACGUCGGGAUCUACCAGUGUCUGGCAACCAACUCUUUCGGCACCAUCGUCAGCAGAGAAGCUAGUCUACAUAUAGCUUGUGAGUUUUCCUCUUAAUACAGUAAAGGUUUAAAUGGAAUAUUUCUCAGUCCAAGGAAAAAGGCAGUGGAUUCUAUCACAAAGCAUCAGUCAUUAGCAAACCAUGAUUAUGUCACUCAGUUGAUCCUUUAAUCCAGCUUAAGCAGUGGCUUGGGACAUCUGUGUCAUAGGAGAUGCAACUAGGGCUGUGGCGGUCAUGAAAUUGUGUCAGCCGGUGACUGUCAUGCAAAUAACUGCCGGUUUUACGGUAAAUUACCGUUAAUUAACAUAAGUAAGUUUAGCAUCUCCGGGCUUUCAGGCAUAGCCUACAAGCCACUGAUGCGGACCUUUGGAACAUAUUCAUUUAAAAAAUGUGAAUAAAUCCAUUUAAUAUAGCCUACACCUUCACAAUAAAUCCAUUAUUUAUUUUAGGCAGGUCUGAAGAAACGUGAUAUGAAGAAAAUGUAGCCUAUUUCAGAAGAAGAGAAAAGCAUAUUCUGAGUCAUCCUUAUGUUAAGCCGUGAUCUGGCUGUGCCGUAUGGCUGUGGGCUACACUAGUUCAUUUAGCAGACAAGAUUUGCUUAUAAUUCCUGUGGCAUUAUUUUAUAUUAUUUUAUAGUAAGAAGAAUACAAUUCCACAUAGCUGAAUAAAAUAGAAAGGCUAUUUUCCCCAAAUUAUUUCCAAGGGAGUGCGCACAUGCGGCUAUUCUGUGUUGAGCGGUUAACAAAGUGUUAAUUUGAAACAGGUCGUCCUAUAUGCUUAAUUUACAGUUAUUUAUGCAACGUUAGUUGUGAUACAAACCUUAGGCUAUAUGUUUUGAUUUCUAAUACAUUCUAAGGCUGCAUGAUGUGACUCUAGUGAUGAUCUUUUUUAAAGUCGCAUGAAAGGCAUGAGCUCUGCUCUGUUUCUUGCGCUGGCUGCACACACUUCAUCUGUCUCUCAUUCACAAUUUGACAAGCACUUAAUAAUAUUCUCAUAGCCUACUAAUAUAUGUGUGGAAUUUUUAUUUAUUUAGAAUGGCCCACAAAAACAACAUGUCAUCCAUAGCCUGCACUCUAAUAGCGAAUGGAGGUUACAUGCGGUUACGUUUUUAAUAUGCCAGGUAAGCUACAUUGGUUGUAAAACGGAUGAAUGUGUUUAAUUUUAAGAAUUUAGUAAUAAAUAUAGCAGCACGAGAAAUCUGGGAUCCUUUUUUAAAUAGUGUCUAGUCAAAACUCUGUUUUCACACGCGAUUGCACAAUGACUGGGCUUAUAAGAACACAUGUUUCACAAGGCUCCGUAGGCUAUGGGCUCUCCAACCAUGUUCCAGGGGUCCUAGGCUAUAGGCUACACUUAGAGUUAUUUGGCCACUUUAGUUGUGAUACAAACCUUAUCAAAACAUAUAGGCCUAUGGGCUACAUGAUGCAUGUUACUAUGAUUUGUUUCUUGCCUUAGACUGCACACGCUGGGCAUCAUUCACAAGUGAUAAUAUUCUCACCCAUCAGACUAUUCUCAAUUUAAUCUUGUCUUUACAUAUACUAAAUAAUAUAUGUGUGACAUUUGUUUUGAUUUAGAAUGGGCCAUUAUCAUGCACAUGUCAGAACAGGGGCAGGGGGAAAAAAUACAUGUCAUUCGUAUGCACUUGAAUAGCGAAUGGAGGAAGCUUUUCCCGCAGUUCAUUUUCAUGCCAGUCAGUUAGGCUACUCCGGUUGUAAAGCGAAGCAAUGUGCUCAAUAUUAGGAAAGUUGCUAAAUAAAUAUAGUCUAUAGAAAACUGAUCCUCCUCUUUUUAAUGGAGGCCAUCAAACCUCUGUUUUCUCACGCAAUUGCAUAGCAUAGCCUGUAGAAAUAUAGGGCAACAUGGGCUUAUAGGAACACUUAUUAAAUGACAUGUAUCAACCAGCUAUAAGGAGCUGGCUCUUGCUGUGCAACAGGUUAUCCUAUUCCGCUCAAACUCUGAAUGCCUGGGCAAUCAUGAAGUGUUUGUUUUGAUUUUCGAUUGCAUUUGCAUUGAUGUCAGAGUAAUUAGAGGAACAAUAGAGCACUGAGUACCAGGCCAUUGGCGACUGGUUAGCAAGUUUGGUAGUCUACUAAUGACCAUCAGCGGCAUCAGAGCGCAGUUUUGGAGAAGCCGAGUUACUGUGACUCAAUGGUCACGUGGAAUUUGACUGCGGUCAUGACUCAUGACUGCCGGUGUGGAGGUAAUACGGUCAUCGUAACAGCCCUAAAUGCAACAGCUCUACCAAAGAGUAGGUCUGGGAUCAAGAGGGUGUGAUUGUCGGGGGCCUUGACAGAAGCUAUAUAACUGAUCUUUUACAGUCUUCAUCUAUCACAUUUUAUAAGACUCAAGUCUUCAGAAUCUCUGAUGGCAAGGUAAACUCAGGGCCUCGGCUCUGAUGGGCAUACCAUCUAAAAUGACAGCGUGGACCUCUGAGAACAGAUGGUGCAUCCAGAUUGAAUUCUGACGUCUGUUUCCUGCUAGCAGACCUAGGGAUGAUCCUUGUGAGAGCACCCUAGGUAUUUAGCUGGCUUCUAAUGGGUGCAUUUGAGUCACGAGUCCCCACAAAGCAGUAUAUCACAUUCAAAUGGAUCCCACUGCUGACACCAAAUGUCUACACCAGGCAGUGUAUCAUAUUCAUAUUUCCUACCAAUUUUCGAGGUCUGACAUGCACUGUAUGUCAUUGUGAUUGGUCUUAUCCAUUGCCUGGCUCUGACCUGGGACCUGUGGCUUUUGUCAACUGACAAGGACAAGUAUCUGCUGUGAUGUGUCAUCCAUCUUAUUUAUUGCUCUUGGUAUAACUUAAUUAAUCCUGCGGAAUGAUUCAACGGUGCCGGGUCAGGGGAAUAAUUAAUUCGGGAGAAGCCUUUUUGAAAGUCUGUAUCAUGUCAUUUGUAAGAGACUUGGACAAGACCAGAAGUGCCUGGAGUGCUUUUUUGGCCCUCUCAGUGCUCAAAAGGCUUUGAGGCUUUGUUUUUUUAUUAUUUAAUGUUUAUAAAAUAGGAUGUAAUGUCACAAAGAUGUAACAUAUACUGAACAAAAAUAUAAACGCAACAUGCAACAAUUUCAAAGAUUUCACUGAGUUCAUAUACAGUUCAUAUAAAGAUAUCAGUCAAUUUAAAUAAAUAAAUUAAGCCCUAAUCUACACUCUUACAAAAGGGUUCCAAAAGUGUUCUUUGGCUAUCCCCAUAGGUGAACCCUUUUUGGUUCCAGGUAGAACUAUUUUGGGUUCCAUGUAGAACCCUCUGUGUAAAGGGUUCUACCUGGAACCAAAAUGGUUCUACUGGGAACCAAAACGUUUUCUUCAAAGGGUUCUCCUAUGGGGACAGCCGAAGAACCCUUUUAAGUUCUAGAUAGCACCUUUUUUCUAAGAGUGUAUGGAUUUCACAUGCCUGGGAAUAAAAAGGUAGGCGUGUGGAUUAGAAAACCAGUCGGUAUCUGGUGUGACCACCAUUUGCUUCAUGCAGCGCGACACAUCUCCUUCGCGUAGAGUUGAUCAGGCUGUUAAUUUUGGCCUGUGGAAUGUUGUCCCACUCCUCUUCAAUGGCUGUGCGAAGUUGCUGGAUGUUGCCGGGAACUGGAACACGCUGUCGUACACGUCGAUCCAGAGCAUCCCAAACAUGCUCAAUGGGUGGUGACAUGUCUGGUGAGUAUGCAGGCCAUGGAAGAACUGGGACAUUUUCAGUUUCCAGGAAUUGUGUACAGAUCCUUGCGACAUGAGCGCAUUAUCAUGCUGAAACAUGAGGUGAUGGCGGCAGAUGAAUGGCACGACAAUCUGUGACCAACAGAUGCAUAUCUGUAUUCCCAGUCAUGUCAAAUCCAUAGAUUAGGGCCUAAUGAAUUUAUUUCAAUUGACUGAUUUCCAUAUAUGAACUGUAACUCAGUAAAAUCUUUGAAAUUGUUGCAUGUUGUGUUUAUAUUUUUGUUCAGUAUAAUACAAUUGCUCAGAGAAAGAGAUUUUGUUUAACAAGUAAUACUUUUUCUCAAUAUUUGAAUGAUUUAUCUUAUACAGUCAUUUUUGCUCAUCUUUAACAAAGGUGUCAAUCAUUUUGGAACCCACUGUAGAUGUUGCACAUGAUGCAGUUGGACCAUGAAAAGCAUUGGUUUAAAAUAUUAAUUUGCAGGCACAUAAGCUCUUGAAGUUGGUCUUUUAAUUGGUAUUUUGCUUGCUCAGCGUUACCAAGAUUACAUUUUUAAAUGUGUUCCCUAUCUAGUAAGAUAUCCAUGUAUAAUAUAUAAUAUAUAGGGUGGCAGGUAGCCUAGGCAUUAGAGCGUUGGGCCAGUAACCGAAAGGUUACUAGUUCUACAUCCAUAGCCGACAAGGUGAAAAAUCUGUUAAUGUGCCCUUAAGCAAGGCACUUAACCCUAAUUGCUCCAGGGCUGCUGGACAAUGGUGACCCUGGCCAUGACCCCACUCUCUGAGUGUGUCUUAGGGGAGUUGGGAUAUGCAAACACAUUUCCAAUUCACACUAUGUGUAUUAAUACACACUUGUACAUGUGUGAAAUAGGACAAAUAUAUAUAUUAUUAUAAAAAUAUAGGCACAAAGAGUGAAUGUGUUACGGAUGCAUGGCAGCCCUUCAUCCACCACUAUCCUGUGGGCUGAGCCAUGUAGGCUGUGGACUAUCUUUCACCAUCUAAUAUGAGCUUAAAAUGUCAAAACUUUUAAAGGUUGAUGAUUCCACUGACAAUACUGUGGUGAAAUUUUUUUAAAGCCUCUGCUCGUCUGUUGUGUCCACUGGAAUAAUCUCACUCGUUAUAGGGGCAGAUUUAAUUCUGUAAUCUCUUUGGGAUUUUUAUAAUUGAAAGGCUCUUGACUCUGCUGUGGUAAGAUAUAACAUUACGCUACAGAUUGUAACUGCCAUAUUACAGGAAUAUCCUUUUAAUAUGUACCCAAGAUGCAAUGUUGUUUUCAGAUCAUCGCUAGGGUUUAGCUCUGUGCUUAAUUAUUGAAUGGUGAAAUAACUGUAUUUAAGAAACUGCACAGGAUGCAAUUAUCUUGUAUCUUAGGUGCUUCAGAUUUCAUAUCACUUCUUUAGUUCUGCCUCACAAUUGCACAUAAUUAGCAUAUUUGUUUUCCAGUGUCUGUCUGACAUUACAAUCCUAUCUAUUUCACAAGUAGAUCUGAUUUCUAUCUCUUGUUUUUAACAAACACCUUCCUUCAUUUCUAUCAAGUCCCUUUUAUAACUUCCACACAUUCGCCUCAGGUGAAAAUUACAUCCUUAUUUGGUUUUAUAGCAAUCAGAGAGUGGGGACAUGAACAGCACUCACAGUCUUGGCCUGUUCAAAAUAUAUCAGGGCUCUAGCUACCUGCAUUUCAAACAUAUAUAUAUUUUUUAACAGCAAUUUAUCACACAAUGCUAGAGAGCAAUUGUAAAGAGUUUCUCACUGAACGUUUUUGAUGUCAUAGUGUAAAUCUCUCAAACUCAACUCUGGACCUCAAAGUCAGUUCCACAGCAUUUUUUCUAAUCAGAGACUGAUUUAGACCUGGGACACCAGGUGGGUGCAAUUAAUUAUCAGGUUGACCAGAAAACCAGCAGGCUCUUGACCUCGUAGGGUAAGAGUUGAUUAUCCCUGGUGUAAAGUGUCUCAGACUUGUAAUAUCUCACUGCAAAAUUGUGUGUUGCUCACUUUUUGAAUGAGCAGAACAUAGAGCAUUGAGGAGAUGGGAACAGUAUCAUAUCAUAUAAACUAUACAAAGCGGUAUAACAUUUACAUUUUAGGGUAUGAAAGUGGUUUGAGUGGUACUUUCUACAGUAAUAUGACUCAAUAUUAAAUAACUGUGAAGGACAAGCCAUGGCUGUUGGUUAGUGCUCUCGUUCACAUCACAACAAAAAACCUGCUCACAUUCUCUUUUGAUACAAUCUCCUCUAAUUCAUUGCAUUAAGUCACAAUGGGGCAAACCAAAAUGCUAAUUCACAUCCAAUUUCACGGACCUGAAAGCACUCAAAAUAACUUGAAUUAGGCCAUGAAAAAGCACACAGAAGUAUAUCUUUGAUAGGCUUGACAAAAUAAUCCAGGGGUUGCAGAACAGUUUGGUUUGUCAGGCACGGCUGGCUUUAGUGUGUCCAGCUCAUUUGCGUUUCACACUAUGAGAAUAUUGAUCGUUUAUUUACUUCAGAUGUUGUAAUUCACAAUGGUGUAGUAAUGUUGGUAGGUGCUAUUGGGAAAUACUGCUCAUAUACAGUGGCUUGCGAAACUAUUCACCCCCCCCCCCCCCCCCCCCCCUUGGCAUUUUUCCUAUUUUGUUCCCUGAAAUUCAAAUGGAAUUUUUGGGGGUUUGUAUAAUUUGAUUUACACAACAUGCCUACCACUUUGAAGAUGCACAAUAUUUUUUGGGGUGAAACAAAGAAGAAAUAAGACAACAAAACUGAGAACUUGAGCGUGCAUAACUAUUCACCCCCCAAAGUCAAUACUUUAUAGAGCCACCUUUUGCAGCAAUUACAGCUGCAAGUCUCUUGGGGUAUGUCUCUAUACGCUUGGCACAUCUAGCCACUGGGAUUUUUGCCCAUUCUUCAAGGCAAAACUGGUCCAGCUCCUUCAAGUUGGAUGGGUUCCGCUGGUGUACAGCAAUCUUUAAGUUUCUCAAUUGGAUUGAGGUCUGGGCUUCGACUAGGCCAUUCCAAGACAUUUAAAUGUUUCCCCUUAAACCACUCAAGUGUUGCUUUAGCAGUAUGCUUAGGGUCAUUGUCCUGCUGGAAGGUGAACCUCCGUCCCAGUCUCAAAUCUCUGGAAGACUGAAACAGGUUUCCCUCAAGAAUUUUCCUGUAUUUAGCGCCAUCCAUCAUUCCUUCAAUUCUGACCAGUUUCCCAGUCCCUGCCGAUGAAAAACAUCCCCACAGUAUGAUGCUGCCACCACCAUGCUUCACUGUAGGGAUGCUGUUCUCGGGGUGAUGAGAGGUGUUGGGCUUGCGCCAGACAUAGCGUUUUCUUUGAUGGCCAAAAAGCUAAAUUUUAGUCUCAUCUGACCAGAGUACCUUCUUCCAUAUGUUUGGGGAGUCUCCCACAUGCCUUUUGGUGAACACCAAACGUGUUUGCUUAUUUUUUUAUUUAAGCAAUGGCUUUUUUCUGGCCAGUCUUCCGUAAAGCCCAGCUCUGUGGAGUGUACUGCUUAAAGUGGUCCUAUGGACAGAUACUCCAAUCUCCGCUGUGGAGCUUUGCAGCUCCUUCAGGGUUAUCUUUGGUCUCUUUUUUGCCUCUCUGAUUAAUGCCCUCCUUGCCUGGUCCGUGAGUUUUGGUGGGCGGCCCUCUCUUAGCAGGUUUGUUGUGGUGCCAUAUUCUUUCAUUUACAUUUUACAUUUUAGUCAUUUAGCAGACGCUCUUAUCCAGAGCGACUUACAGUUAGUGAGUUUUCAAUUUUUUAAUAAUGGAUUUAAUGGUGCUCCGUACGAUGUUCAAAGUUUCAGAUGUUUUUUUAUAACCCAACCCUGAUCUGUACUCCACAACUUUGUUCCUGACCUGUUUGGAGAGCUCCUUGGCCUUCAUGGUGCCGCUUGCUUGGUGGUGCCCCUUGCUUAGUGGUGUUGCAGACUGGGGCCUUUCAGAACAGGUGUAUAUAUACUGAGAUCAUGUGACACUUAGAUUGCACACAGGUUGACUUUAUUUAACUAAUUAUGUGACUUCUGAAGGUAAUUGGUUGCACCAGAUCUUAUUUAGGGGCUUCAUAGCAAAGGGGCUGAAUACAUAUGCACACACCACUUUUCCGUUAUUUAUUCUUUUGAAUUUCUUUAAAGAAGUAAUUUUUUUCAUUUUACUUCACCAAUUUGGACUAUUUUGUGUAUGUCAAUUACAUGAAAUCCAAAUAAAAAUCCAUUUAAUUUACAGGUUGUAAUGCAACAAAAUAGGAAAAACGCCAAGGGGGAUGAAUACUUUUGCAAGGCACUGUACAGUAUGCACCUAGUUUCAGUGAUUCUUUGUAAAAUAAAUAUUUAUUUUAAUACUCACUUUGAGAAAGUUAUAUUUUAAGCGUUAAUAUUUUUUGUAAUUAUAUACUGUGUUCAGUUAGUUCUUAAACCUUGUUAGUUCUGAAUACACAGGACAUGUUGUUAUAAAUCAGGGAUAGGGAAAGGGAUAGGGAAAGAUAACUUUGAUGAUAGCAAUGACUUUCUUUAACAAAGUAAUUUCAGUGGCCUCUUAAGAUUUGGUUGUUUUUCAAAUCCACCUAAUCAUGCCUCUCAAAUGCUGAAUACUUGUGCACCUGUUUAAAAAUAGAAACACACGUUGUUUUAAUUGGACAGCCUAAACAAUGUAAAUGUCUAAAUGUAUGUUGACAGGUUAAAGAAUAUGGGAAAUAAGAAAAACAGGCCUUUAUAACAAAGUUAUCCCAUAGCCUUGAGGACAUUCAUUACUGUACCUGACCUCGCUAUACUUUUAAUAAAUCAGUGGGCUCUGUUAUUCCCAAUUUACACUGCUUCCUAAAGCAGAACUAAUCACCCAUGUUAUUCAAGACUUAGAAUCGAUCUAGAAGUGUUUCUCAUAAAUCUUGCUUAGGUGGGGCACAGAUGUCCCUGAAGCAUCAUCCAGACAUGCUGACAUAGCCCUCCAAUAUUAUACAGACUUCUCAAAUGAAUCAGUUAAUUGAGGCAGUAUUCUCAUUAAGUUCAUGUAAUCAUGGGGAAUUAGUAUUCUUUCUAUUUACAUUCUCUCUUGAUUAUGGCACUAUAGGUUACAUUGGUUUGCUAUUUUGCAGUAUAGGUUCUUAGAAAUCUACAAGAGCAACAACAGCAGAGCAGGUUGUCAACAAGUAAUUGGUUGCCAUACACAUGCUAUUUCAAUCUCAAAGCCGUUUAAUUGUUGCUGGACCGUGUGCAAUGAGGAACGCAAUGAAUGAAACACAGAAAGUGAUAACAAUACAUAGUUUCAAUUAAAAUCACUCAUGUGUGACUUAUACUUGAGGAAGGGCUUUCCGCAUGCCGGAGGUGCUUGGGAUUGAACAGUUCUGUAAGUACACGGGCAGAAAUUGUUGUCUCUCAAAGUUGUCCAAAGGUGUCGGAUACUGCCAUUUAACCCAAUAAGGUAGAGGCUCAAUAUAUUACAUAGGAGCUAGAAUAAUAAAUUAUUAUAUAUUAAUAUAAUAAUAUAGUAAAAUUAGUGUUCCAAAAUAUUAAAUUGUAGUCGUUAGAAUAAUCAAUGACUCACUGUUAAAAGGGAGUAUUAGACAAAAAUACAUGACCUGUGUUUGGGGCUAUAUCAAAUUGUAUAAUGUCAAGUCACUGCAUGGAGUUCCACACUACCGAUGAUCGAUUAACUACUAUGUCAAUAAUGGGUUAGAUAAUGGCAAUAAUGGCUAUUGCCAUUGCUUCAUAAAUUCAGUAGAAUACUGCUUGAUCAUUUUGGCUUAUUCCCUUUGUCUUUCUGAAACAGACUUGGAGAAUUUCAAGACACAGAGUCGAAGUCCAGUGAGGGUUCGUGAGGGCCAAGGAGUGGUCCUACUAUGUGGCCCACCACCCCACUCUGGAGGUAAGAAAGCCUUUGCGAAACACCUAAUGACUGUGAAAGGACCAACUGAAAACUUGUUUAAGUGGCAAACUAUUUCCAUAAGUCAUAUGUAGGCCUACAAUAAAUCAAUAAAUAGCAUGGGUAUUAAAUGAAUGCUGGUGGGAUGAUGAUCGGUGCUUGGCUGGCAAUUAUCAAAUAAAAAGUAUCUUGCUCUUCCAUAUCUCAUCAAUAUAACCUACCCUGUCCACUUUAUCAGCGAACUGUUGUCUAGAGGGCAUGCGCCAAAACCAGAUUGGGCAAGUAUGCUAUUUAUCCCAAAACCAUUGUUUGAAAAAUGCAAUGGAAACACAUUGAACUCUUGCUUUUUAUUCGGUACAUGGAAAUGUAAGUGCAAAAGUGCUUUUUAUGUGCACUACGUCAUCACGCACAACUUUUAUCCGCAACAAGUCAGUCUGAUGGAAACACAGCUCCGGUGGGAAAAUGCGCAAAUGCAGAUUUUAGAAUAUUUGCGUUAAAAUUUUUCGGCAAUUGGAUGGAAACAGCUACUGAAAUACAUGGGAUAUAAUCAGAAAAUAAACAAUUACACACAAUUUAGAUAAGAAGACAGAAGUUGGGUAUGGGGGAUUUAUUUUAUCUCUAAGUCCUGGCCUGUGGAACAUAGAGGAGGUGGGUGCUGCAGGUGGUUCUGCCUGUCACUUGUCCUCAACAAGCAAGUAACCAGUCACGGAAGGGGGACUUGUAGAGAGAGAUUGCAAAAUCCAGGCACAGCUGCUCUCUUUGCUCUUCAAGUGUUUGCAGUGCCAGUGUCUCCAGUGCAUCCAUGUACCUCACAUAUGCAGUGCCCAGGAUGAUGCGGCAAGCACACAUUUGGAUGUGCUCAAGCUGGUCUGAGAGGAAUUGGGAUAGUAAACUAUUCCAAGCUGUGCAGGCAACUGUUGUCUUACAGUCAGAAAAUACACUAUCUUCUUAUUUUAGUAUUUACAAUCUAUGCACUUCUGGAUCAAUUAAUACAUUUUCUGACUGAUUACAAUUUACAUUUGGUGUCUUGAGGUUUCUUAUGGCCUAUUUUAACAUAAUAAAUGCAUUCAUUUUGCAAUGUAUUAUUUAUUAUGGAAUAUUUACACAAUUUAAAUAUCAACAGUCAAAAUGUCAGACAUGGCCAUUCUAGUAAUUAUAGAAUUCCGGCGCUCAGAGGGUUAAUGAUUAACUAGAAAUGCCUCGAGAAGGCUUUGGGAUUUGAGUGUGGCCAAGACCCAAGAUGCUAUACAGAGUUAAAGAGAAAUCACGGUGGCACUCUUUUUUUUUUUUUCAGAGCCUGUGCAUUAGGGUGCCUGCCUGUCUGCACUCAUGUCCUCUACUGCUCUCUGAGUGUCUAUCUGGAUGUCUGUGUUCAGACCCAGACC